ACAACAGGCACUAAAAGUGAGGCAUCGCCCACGGAUGAACCAAUUCCUCUCAUCCCUUGCAGUUUAAGGCCAGAGCAUUUUGGUCCAGGAAAAUCGGUGACCAAAACAGCCUCACUCUCUAGCGCUGAUUUGCGCGCUUCUGGGGCCCGUUCAAAGAAGCCUGAUGAAUGUGACAUCGACUCAAAGGAUUAUAUACAACCAGGGUUGUCUGUAUGCCAGUCCAGUUCCAGUCUUUGUGUCGCUAUCGCUGAUGGUACUAGUGAAUCCCUCGGCGGCAUCGAAGAUGGGUCAGGAGUUGGGCCAGCCUCAGAUGAAGAUCAUUCUAUUCGUGAUACCGAUGCUGGUGCAACUGGCUUCCAUUCAAUUGGAUCCCUCCGUGCCGUCUUCGAGGCAAAUGCCAAACGGCAUCAGCAGUCGGAUCUCAGUAGUAAUCGUUUCUCCUUCCCUGCCCCUCCACCUGUGGCUCCAAAACCAAGAAGAAGCUAG